AUGUUACACUAUUGAAGGAGCAUACGAUUUUAUCGAGACGAAUCUGCCAGUUCCUCUUUGUUCCUCGUCCGAAUCCUGAUCUUCUGACUAUCCGCACGUGCUGCAGGUUUCGAUCGGAAGUCUAACUCUCCACUGUGAAGUUCUUAACUCUGUAGCUAGACGCUAUCAGUUGACGGAGCUGUGGAUGACAGAGAGCUACUUUUAGUCAGCUGAAUCGUUGUAAGAGGGUGACAUAAGCAGAUGGAGAAGGUUCUUGAAGUUGCCCGGGAGGUUGCUUGGGACGCGCGUCCGGUCUUUAUAAUCUCUAAAGUCGACCACCGCCAACAACACUGAAGAUGACCACCAACGAGCAACUUCUCGGCCUUGGAACUCCCUGCUCAUACCCGCAUUGCUCACUGCUAGAUUUCCUCCCCUUUAAAUGUCCUCAUUGUCCAGACUCUCCCUCUUUCUGCGCAGAGCACUUCCACCCACACUGUACAACAGCACACGCUAACCUAGACCGUGUAGCACCAAAUUGCCCUCUAUGCAGCGUUCCCGUUGCUAUCCCGCCUGGCGAAGAUCCGAACGUGCGCAUGGAGAGACAUAUCAGCCGUUUCUGCGAGGCGAUGAAUGCUACUGGUAGACAGCGGGGCAAGGGCGGGAGCAAGAUAUGCGCUAGAGGAAAGUGCGGCAAGGUUCUCUUUGCUCCCAUAGGGUGUGAUAAAUGUCACAAGGAGUUCUGUCCCCAGCACCGUUUCCCAAAGGACCAUGCAUGUCCCUCUCUCACUUCUGCCUCGAAGCCAUCUAUAAGACCCAGUCCUGUAUCCGCCACUCCCAGCUCAUCCUCUGCCAAAUCCGCACCUCUACCUUCAUCUAAACCAACACCGCCACUCUCCUCGAAGCUUUCCAUCCCAGUCUCCCUCUCAGUUCCAAACGUAUUCUCAAAGACUGACCGACGCGCAAAGGAGGAACGCGAGAGCAGACGCAAAGCCAUGACAGACCGCGCCAAGAGAGGUCUCCUCACAGAAGAAGAGAAACUCAUCCUCGCUCAACAAGAAGCCGCACGCGCUCAGGAGCAGGAGCGCAGAAAGGGGGAUAAGGAGUGUCUUGUCAUGUAG